UAUAUAUUAUACAUAUUACAUAUAUACUAAUAUAGAAGAGGAAGAAGAGACACGACGCCAUGUUUUGAUAUCGUCAUGCUCCCUUCUUAAAGUUCUACCUCUUGUAUCGUUUAAUAGUCGUUCGUGUCAGUGUUUUUUAUCGUUAUUCGACAUAAAUCCGUGGUAUUCGCAUUCGUUCAUCACAUUUUUAUCUAUUUAUCUUUAUCGUUCAAUCAUUUUUUUUCUCCAGUUCCAUUUGGAGUUGCUUUUUUUCUGAUCUAUUGUCGAAAAAAAAAUAUAAAAUUACAUAGGGAAACGCGUGCAAUAGAACCAUUGACGUUCAUCCUCGUGGCAUUUUUGUACUUUUCUGCACGUGUCGUUGUGUCGUGCUAUUAGUGCUGCCAAGUGGUACACAAGUUUAGCUAGGGACGUUGUAUAAUGUAAUAGUGUGAUUUGCUUGUGAUAUGGUGCUGCCACUGCUGUUGGUGCUGCUGCCCCUAUAGCAACUGCUGUUGCUAGUAGUGUAUUGGAGUGUUUGUGUGGAGGCGCCCGUGUCUCCUCUGUAUCCCUUUUCAUGUCCUCCGGAAUAUCAGCGCUAGCAGUGAGGGGGGGUUUACCAAGCGUCGUCUACGUGGUGCUGGUGUCCUAGUGCGAGAACGAGCCGAUCUAUCCCCUUUUUUUAAAAGGGGGGAGUACGGCCACGGCGACUGUUCUUAUUGUUGUGUUACGAUUACGUCACGCGGCGUGAGCCUUGCUUUUUUAUCUUGAAGUUUUAAUCGUCGCUACCACCGUUGCUGUAGCUGUUGCCGUAGCUCUAGCUGUUGAAGUUGCUGUCACCGUCACCGUCGCCGUCACCGUCGCCGUUGCGUUUUCUUUAGCUAAGGACAGAAGUAGAGGUGGAGGAAGGGAAUAAAGAGGGAAAAGGUGGUGGGGGCGGUGGCGGAGACGGAAGAGAAGGAAGACGACGACGUCGAGGACGGUGACGCGAACGAUAAGAGCACGAACAAGAGGAGGUGGAGGACCAGGAAGAGGAGGAGGAGGACGGGUCGUCGCGUAAAAUGGAGCUGCGCUUGCACUCACCAGCCGGAGCAGAACCGAUAGUUUAUCAGUGGCCCCUCACUUCCGGAUCAGGAUCUGAUCGUCAUGAUGGAGCACUAGAUGUUGUAGAAACAAUGAGAUGGGUCUGCGAUGAUUUACCUGACUUAAAAUUACCGUUAGAAAAUAAUGUUCUUUGCGAUUACGAUACAAGAGAUUAUGAAAGUAUGAAAAGUUUAUGCGAUAGAUUUAAUAGGGCUAUUGAUAGCUUGGUACAACUGGAAAAAGGCACUAGUUUACCAUCACAAAGAUUAAAUAAACGUCCAAGUAGAGGCUUACUUCGACAUAUACUUCAACAAACGUAUAAUCAAGCUGUAGUUGAGCCUGACAAAUUAAAUCAAUAUGAACCAUUUUCACCUGAGGUUUACGGGGAAACGAGUUUUGAACUAAUAUGUCAAAUGAUCGAUCAGGUAGAUGUUACCGAGGAUGAUGUUUUUGUUGAUUUAGGAUCCGGUGUUGGACAAGUAGUUCUCCAAAUGGCAGCGGCAACUUUAUGUAAAAUUUGUAUCGGUGUUGAAAGAGCCGAUGUACCUUCGAGAUAUGCUCAGAGUAUGGAAAUAAAUUUUCGAAAAUGGUUAAAUUGGUUUGGAAAAAUAUGCGGAGAAUAUCGUUUGGUGAAAGGUGAUUUUCUAGCAGAUGAGCAUCGCGAGAGCAUUACUGGUGCUACAAUUGUAUUUGUUAAUAAUUUUGCUUUUGGACCAAAUGUAGAUCAUCAGUUAAAAGAAAGAUUUGCUGAUUUACGAGAUGGCGCUCGUAUAGUAUCUUCAAAAUCGUUCUGUCCGUUAAAUUUUCGAAUAACGGAUCGAAAUCUUAGUGAUAUUGGUACCAUAAUGCAUGUGUCUGAAAUGUCACCACUGAAAGGUUCAGUUUCAUGGACAGGCAAGCCUGUGUCCUAUUAUUUGCAUGUUAUUGAUAGAACUAAAUUGGAACGUUAUUUUCAUCGUUUGAAAAAUAAUAAACAAGGUGGCUUAGACGAAAAUUCUGAUUCUGUGAUAAGUAACACUGCCAGCAAUAGUAAUAAGAUUUCUAGUAGAGGUGAAAGAAGCGACAGAACCAAAAGAGAUCUUUCCAGACAGUUAGAUAGUCCUAAUCAUUCAGAACAGCAAGGAACAAAUAGCGAUUCUGAUAUGGAUGAAAAUAAUAUUAAAAAUCGUCGACAAUCAACUAAAAUUCGUAGGAAACUAAACAGAAAAAGUGCAAAUGGUAUAUCAAGACCUCCUCCUAGAGGAAGACAAAGAGGAAGAGGUGUGAAAAGGGCUAGACCCAAGAAAGCUAUUAAUAUAUCUGGACUCGAUUUAUUACACAGUCAAACAUUAUUAAGUACAUCUCCUCAAGCACUUGGAAAGAAACCACCUCCUGCACCAGGUUGUGUGGAUCAACAACUUUCUUCUUUAUCCCUUUCUUUACAAUCUCAUUCGACCUCUGUGCACGAAGAACUCAGUAUACCACCUGCUCCGUCCGCGACUCCAUAUGCUUUACAAAUACUUUUGGAUUUAUACAGGGACCAAUUCAUGCUUAUGCUAGAAUCUAUGAGAACUCCUACUUACAGAGUAUCUGUUAACGCAGAUAUCUUAAAAGAGAGAGAAAGAAAUUCUAAACUACAAUCAAGAGCAGCACAAUUGGAAAAACAAAUAAAAGUAUUGAUCGAUGAUAGUGUAGCACUUUUAAAAGCCAGAAUGACCGAAUUAGGUAUAAAUGCUACUUCCCCUGGAGAUCUUCUAGCAAAAGCAAAAGAAAUAGUACUUAGACACAAGCAAUUGCAAGCUAAAGCAAGUAAACUACAAGCUCAAGUGGCAUCUAUGGAAUCAGAACAAACAAGAUUAACUGCACUUAGACACCAAGAAUUACACGAAAAAUACAAUGGACACAAUAAUGGGGUAUCUAACACACCACAACCACUUAUUGACGAUUAUAUAUUGAAAGAAAUAUCUCUUACAUUAUCUCAGCGCAAGAGAUUGCAAUUACAAGUGUCUAAACUGGAGCAUGAAUUAAAUGUAUUAGAAAGGGCUAGUAAUGAAAAGCAAGUAGCUGCUAUUGCUCAACAACAAAGAGAUGCAAUGAACAAUAAACAUUCUCAAAGUCAGCAUCAUCAGCAAAAUGGAAAAAGUGGGUCUACUCGGAAAAAUAGAGAAGGACGUUCGAAAUCUCAGGAGUGGCCUGAUGUUCCAGAUAUCGGCAAAAUACAAGAAAAUAAUCCGGAAAUUUUAGCACAGAAAAUUUUAGAAACUGGGAGACAAAUAGAAGCUGGACGAAUUCCAAACAGACAAAAUUCUAAUGUUAAUAAUAAUUCUAGAACUAGACUGCCUCAAGCAUCUCUUAGUUUUUCUACGACAUCUUCAUGCAUUUCAUCAUCGCAAUCGCAUUCAAAUAAUAAAGAAAUGACAAAUAGAACACAAGAACCACCUAGGGUAGCUAAUUUUGAAGAUAGAUUGAAAAGUAUCAUUACAAGUGUAUUAAAUGAAGAUCAACAAAAUCGUAGUAAACAACAAAUGCAGUUGCAAGUACAACUGCAUCAUUCUGACACGGAUAAAAAGCGAGGCGUGUUACCACAAAAUGUUUCUACUCCUGAUUAUACGCAGGUUUCUCCUGCAAAGCUUGCACUUCGACGUCACUUGUCUCAGGAACGUCUCUCUUCACAUCUAACUCCAUCCGAUAGAUCAGCAAUAGAUUCUAGACAAUCUGGUCACGAUAAUCGCAUUAUUGCUGGUGGAAGUGGAUUAUUAGGAACUAGAACAAUUGGUGAUCUUGUGAGUGGAGAGAUAGAGAGAACAUUAGAAAUAUCUAAUCAAACGAUAAUAAAUGGAACAGUUGAUAUGAGUACAAUGAUGAGGCCAGAAACUGUCUAUUCUCCUAUUAGCCGGCCAGCUAGUGCUGAGGGAGAUGCCGGUUUAUCAACUCUUGCUCAUGUUGCUAGUUAUGCACCUACAUCUGUAACAACUGCUACAUCUACUCCUGCUAGUACUUCUAGGUCAUCUGUAUUAUUUACACCUGUGACGCAACCUCAAAGAUAUACACCUGUACAACUACCACGAGCAGACAUUAAACCCUAUCACGAAUCCUAUUUUUCUGACAAUCUUACCCAAUCACUUACGCAUUCUCAUUCAUCCUCAUCUAUACAUUCUUCUCAAGCGUCUUCAAAUGGCGAACUUUUACCGGUAGAAGGACUAGCAGCCUCUUUACAUGCUCGAAUUUUAAACCAUCAAAAUAGCAUUAAUAAAAGUGAUCAAGUGCUGCACAUCUCCAGAAGAUUUCAGCCAUAUCCUCGAUACACAAAUAACAGUAAUAGCAACAACAAUACUAGUACAAAUGGCAGUAUGACUACAAUUUGUCAGUCACAGCCUGCAGUGUCUGUAAAGACGGAAGCAGUCAUAUCAACAGUAAGCACAAGUGGUGCACCUUUAAGUCCUCUCGUAGAACCACAUUCCAAUACUUCAACUCCUUUGGUUGACGAACCUCAAAUGACAACACAAAGACAGCGGAAUGGUAUUGGCGACGAUGAUGGAGAAACAGAUUGGCAAGAUCGUAUCAGUUCCGGAUUUGAUCGCUUAGUUGCAUUUGCAUCAACAGAAUUAGACAAACGAAGAAGAUCAACGGAAGGUGUAAAUACAAGUCCCGAUAGUGGAUUAGGCUCGGAUAGUGCUGCAACAGGACCACCACCUGUUGUUCCUUCUCCUGACGAAGCAUUAGGACCUCCACGGACACCUUCUCCAACCAGUCCCCGUCCUGCAAAUCCUAAUAAUGGUAGUGCAAGCAGUAAUUCGUCAGUACCUCUCAAAUAUCAGAGACAAGUGGAUCCCGAACGACAUCAUUUCAAAAAAAAGUUUUUUCACAGAGAUUGGAAUAAUUCUGGAAGUACCAGUAAAUUUCGUCCCAAAGGAAAAGAUUGGGACUGGAAUCAUUCUGGACAGUGGCCUCCAAACGAUGAACAAACUUAAUUGAAUGUUUGCUUAUAAUCAAAUAUUUCAUUGGAAAUGGGACGUUUUAUAAAGUUUGUCUACAAACAUGGUCAUCUAUGUGCCUGUGAAAACAACAAAAAACAAUCGUAAUAUUUUCUAGCAUCAACUGACAUUAAUUUAAAAUCGUUACAUUUGGAUUUCUUCCUUUUUUUUUUUCUUUCUUCUAUUGGUUUUGUCAACGUCAAUUAUUAGCUAAUUGAUUCGGUUUAAAUCGUUAAAAAUAAUUAACUAAUUCGUAGGAAAAAUUUAACUUAAAACAAUUUUUACUGAAUUAUAUAUCCAAUUUAAUUUAUGAUUAAUUUAUUAUUCGAAUAUAAUUUAUUUUUAUAUAUAUCUCGUAAAAAAUCGCUGAGUUAUAACAUUGCGUAAUAUACAUAUGAAAAUAAAUUAUAAUUUCUAUACAGAUUUUGUACGGAAAUGAAAGAAGUGUAUACUUGAAUAAUGACAAGAAUACAAACAAUUAUUCUGCUACUACUCAGUGCGCGAUCUAACGCGUAUGAACUUUAAUAUUAGACAAAAUUUAUUGUAAAGCUUGGUAAAUAAUUGCCA